UAAAUCGUCACGUGAUCUUUCUGUGACGUCACUUCCACGGACACCGGUAUUUUAUUGGAAGCACGAUAUUUUUGUUGAAAAUGUCGAUGUUUCGCAAUUCCAUUGUGAAACUUGUGGCAAGCCAUCAGGGUUUGGUGAGCAACUGCAGAUAUGCUACAGCAGCAAGCACAAACCUGAAGGCAGUUCUAGCCAAUCAGAUUCCAGAGAAACAAGAGGAAGUGAAAAAGUUCAGGAAGGAACAUGGAUCAACUAAGGUUGGAGAGGUCACAGUUGAUAUGAUGUAUGGUGGUAUGAGAGGUAUUCGUGGUCUCGUUACAGAAACUUCUGUCCUUGAUCCCAAUGAAGGAAUCCGAUUCCGUGGUUACAGCAUUCCUGACUGUCAAGAACUCCUCCCAAGAGGUAAUGGAGGGACCGGUGAACAACCUUUACCUGAGGCUUUGUUUUGGCUGCUUUUGACUGGUGAAAUUCCCACCCAACAGCAGGCUGAUGCCAUCUCUAAAGAGUGGAAUGACAGAGCGGCCAUACCCAACCAUGUCACAACUAUGUUGAACAACUUCCCUAGUAAUCUCCACCCUAUGUCACAAUUCAGUGCUGCAAUCACUGCAUUGAACAGCGAGAGCAAAUUUGCCAAGGCUUAUCAUAGUGGUGUGAAGAAGAGCCAAUACUGGGAGUAUGCCUAUGAAGAUUCCAUGGACAUGAUUGCAAAGCUACCCACUGUUGCAUCCAUUAUUUACCGUAACUUGUACAGAGAAGGCAGCUCUGUAGGUGCCAUAGACCCAAAGAAAGACUGGAGUUGGAACUUUGCCACAAUGCUGGGAUAUGAUAACGCAGAUUUUGUAGAGCUUAUGAGAUUAUACCUGACAAUACACAGUGAUCAUGAAGGAGGUAACGUUAGUGCACAUACAACCCACUUGGUAGCCAGUGCUCUGUCAGAUCCAUACCUUAGUUUUGCUGCAGGCAUGAACGGACUGGCCGGACCACUCCACGGUCUUGCUAACCAGGAAGUACUUAUUUGGUUGACAGAGGUGAGAAAAAAAGUGGGAGACAAUAUUACUGAGGAUGGAAUGAAGGAGUUUGUGUGGAACACAUUAAAGGGUGGACAGGUUGUCCCAGGAUAUGGCCAUGCAGUGUUGAGGAAGACAGAUCCACGUUACACAUGCCAGAGAGAAUUUGCUUUGAAGAAAUUGCCAGACGAUCCAAUGUUCAAACUUGUUUCAGCUCUGUACAAAGUUGUGCCAGACAUUCUCCUGGAACAAGGCAAAGCAGCAAACCCCUGGCCAAAUGUUGAUGCACACAGUGGAGUACUUUUACAGUACUAUGGUAUGACAGAGAUGAAUUAUUACACGGUACUGUUUGGUGUAUCACGUGCGCUCGGAUGUAUGGCAUCAGUAAUUUGGGACAGAGCUCUUGGACUGCCGAUUGAACGACCAAAAUCUUUUGAUACACCGGCCCUGAAGAAGCUUGCUGCAGCCGCUAAGAAAUAAAUGGACUUUUUAGUUUGAUUUUACUAUGGUGUAGAACUCUAUAAACUGAAAAUAGUUAAAUUAUUUUUGAGAAUCAAUAUUAGUGGAUAUUGUAUUUUAAGUUAUUGGUUUUCGUAGCAGGUGUAAUUUUCUGUUUGUUACAGUAAAGAUCAAGUUGUUGUUAAGCAUGAGCUGUUGGUUCUCUUAUCAUGUAGAAAUGGUUCAAAUUACAUCAGUAAACUAAAAGUGCAACUUGUGUAUGUAUUUUCUUUGAAAUACAUUAAGUGAUUUUGAAAUUAGUGCUAUUUCUAUCUUAGGUCACCAGUAUAUUCAUUUAACUUUCAUCCUAAACAUGUGUGAAUGAUAAUGAUGCUGUGUAAACUUGUAUGUGUUUUGAACAAAGCUUGAAAUAAGAUUUCAAUUAUAUUAUGCAGCUAGUGUGUUGUGCUUUUUUCUGUUUUACACAUUGUUGUGUAUGCAGUCCUAUGUUAACAGCAUAUGUGUACAUGUACUUUAUUUUAUGACAUUAGAAAAUUUUACUUUUUCAUAUGAACUAUUUAUUAUUAAUCUUGCACCAAUAUAUUAUUCAUUUUCUAACAUAAACAUAAUUAUUACAAGUUUUCUUUUCUAUGAAAAAAAAAAUAAAUUGAUUGUUACACAGCAGGCAUGCUGUUUAUUUAUGGAGCAGUGGCAGGGCUUUUUUCCAUAUGAAGCAACCACCCUGUAAAAGGAGGCAAUCCCAAUGCAGAAAAGCAUGUUUUUUCCCAAUGCUGGACUUGAAAUUCCCAAACCAUUGUUACUGCCUAGGUUUUUUCUGCUUUUCAACAACAGUUUUGCUACUAAGUUUCCAUUAUUCCCAAUUAAGACAAAUUACAGAGGUAUUUUACCGAUGUUGGUGGCAUUCCCAAAAUGAUGAGAAAAAGGCCUGAGUGAGUAUUUCUGUUUUAAAUAGUUAUAUAACAAAAGAAAAUAUUUAUUCACAUGACCCUCUAGUAUCUGUAAGAAAACACAUAUUAUAAAUAUGUUCAGCAAACAGACAGUAGCUAAAAAAUGCUGGAAGCAAAAGCAUAGGUGACCAAUGUAUUAUUUGACUGUGAUAGCUGUUUUGAUAAACUGUUAGACUUGUUUUCACCUAUGGAUGUUUGUAUGGCAACUGAAUAUUGGAAAGUCCAUGGAUGGCAGGAAGAUACAUGCGUUUUGAAUUUUUUGAUGUUUGAUAACUUCAGGUUGAGUCAUUGUCUAUUAGAAUGAUACAUGAUCAGAGAGUGUACAAUGAUAUGAUUAAUUUUAUUCCAUGUAAGUAACAUGUCAUAUAAAGACAUAUAUUUCAAUUAUUAGGAGUAGAGAGGAAGGUUCAGUAUAAAUUGGUUGCAUUGCCAUAUUCAGAUUGGUGCAAAUUGGAGACAAACUUUGAUCUCUUUGUGAACCAUCAUAGACAGAUAUUUUUGUAUGCCACAGGAUGUUGUUCAAGAACUGUUUAAACUUCUUUCGGAGAGUCUUUCACUUUUGAAAAAAUAAAAUUCUGCUUAAAAAAAAGUUAAAUUUAUAUUUACAGUAUGCACUUUAUUUGCAUCUGUAUAAAAUGCUUCAGUUAUAGUGUAUGUUUAAUUUGCAGUCAUCUUGAUAUAGAAAUAUUCUCAUAAAAAAAUUUUUGCUUUAUGUUUGUCAAGUGGCAACUAAUCUGUCUGCUGGUGUUCCUUGCAAGAUUAAUGCUUCUUAAUUGGCAGCUUGCCUGUCUUACAGCAUUCCUGUGAAAAGACUUUGCCCAUUAUAUCAAAAAUAAUAAUUUUUAGAUUUUGUGAUGUGUAACUGUAUUUUUUAUCUGAAACAUUUUUCAGCAUUUCUUCAUAAUCAUUUUAAAUUUAAUAUACAGGUUUUUCCUUAACUGUAAAUAUUUCCAAACUGUUUUCCCAUUUUUUAUCACCGGUGUAAUUGUUUACAAUAGAAGUGCUAGAAUCACCUUACUCCAUUUACAAUGAAAUAUCUCCAAUAAACAGAAAAAUGCUUUAAAAAACAAUUACAGUAGCUUUGUAUAUCUUCUUAGCCUUCAUUUCUAGUUUGAUGCUGUGUAUGUAUAUUUAGCAAGUGGUAUAUAUGUUGUAUAUUGUCUCCAGUCGAGCUCUGUGCUGUGCCAGAAGAGAGCAGAUGUUAGAUUCAUGCAAAAUGCAUGACUUAUCAAGAACGUUGUUGUUAUAUUAAUGGAUUGCAGAGAAAUAGAAAAACAUUUCUAUUUGAAAAACCUUAUAAUAAAUCGAUUUUAAAUAAA